GCCAGUGACCAGAGUUAAAAAUCCUCCCAUCCCCCUUCCUUUUUGUGGGAUUCCCCGACAACAACGUGCUCUGGUUUAACACAAAAAUAUUUUGACUUAUUGGACUGUUUACCUCGCCUCAUCCGCGCUCACCAGUGAGUCAUCUCCCUCGGACAGCACUAGUGAGAAAUACAAGCAGUCCUGCACCUUUGCUCUUCCAAAGUUCCUCUCAGCCGGAUACGAGGGGAAGUGAUGAUGGAAGAGCAAAGUCUCGAUCUGCCUUUGAGCCAGGGCUCCUUCAGCGAGCUGUGGAGCGUUUUAACUCCCUCCAUCUCCGGCAUUCCAAGGGUAAAUAAUGUGCCACAGGAAUCAUGGAGAACAGAUGGCAGCAUGGAUUUAAUGGUCCUUAAUGACCAUUCUCUGGUCGAAGGGUUUGACGAGUUAUUAUUUGAGCUGCCUCCGGACAUGUCUGCCAAGGAUGGUGUUAAUCCCCCUUCAUCCACAGUGCCGGUGACAUCGGACUAUCCAGGGGAAUAUGGAUUUCAGCUCCGUUUUCAGCAGUCCGGCACAGCUAAGUCCGUCACUUCGACUUUUUCGGAGCAGCUCAAUAAACUGUACUGCCAGCUAGCCAAGACCAGCCCAGUGGAGGUUCUGUUGGGAAAGGAACUUCCUUUAGGUGCCACCAUCAGGGCUACGGCAGUUUAUAAAAAAACUGAGCACGUGGCAGAAGUGGUCCGUAGGUGCCCCCAUCACCAGAACGAGGACGCUGCCGAACACCGGAGCCACCUGAUCAGGGUUGAGGGCAGCCAAAGGGCCCAGUACUUUGAGGACCCUAACACCAAGAGGCAGAGCGUGACUGUCCCCUAUGAGCCCCCUCAGUUGGGCUCAGAGAUAACAACUGUGUUACUGAGCUUCAUGUGCAACAGUUCCUGCAUGGGGGGCAUGAAUCGACGCCCCAUCCUCACCAUCCUGACCCUCGAGACUGCAGAGGGGCUUGUUUUGGGGCGGAGGUGCUUUGAGGUUCGCAUCUGUGCUUGUCCAGGGAGGGACCGCAAAACCGAGGAGGAGAACAGCACCAAGAUGCAGAACGGCACCAAGCAAACCAAAAAGCGGAAGAGCACCCCGGCUCCAGUUCCUGACACCAGUUCAGUGAAGAAGUCCAAGUCCACCUCCAGUGCAGAGGAGGAAGACAAGGAUGUGUUUGUUCUGCAUGUACGUGGUCGCGAGCGCUACGAGAUGCUGAAGAAAAUCAACGAUGGUCUGGAGUUGCUGGACAAAGACAGCAAAACUAAGAGCCGGGUGUCUGUGAAACAAGAGUUUGCUGUGCCUUCCAGCGGAAAGAGACUCCUGCACCGUGGAGAGAGGAGUGACAGCGACUAAGAAGUUUGUCGCUGUGAUCUUGUGAACAAACGUCCUCUCUUUCUCCCUCCUACCAAUCAGGUUUAUUUCACGCUUUUACCUGCCAAAAUCAACCCACCUCCUGCCUCAGUGUAAAAGUGAUAAAGUCCUAAAAUGUGCGUAUUCUAGGAGGUAUUUAAUCAGUGUUAAUCUUGGCAGGGAUUUUCAUUUGAGUUGACUAUCUUUAAAUGUGUAAGUUUAUAAUGCAUACCUUCUUCUUUUUUUACACAUGUUUUUAUUUUUGGCAUUUGGCUUGUAUUUGCCAGAGGACAGUAUAGAAAGGAGAGGGAGGAAGAAAAAGGGGUGAUGACAUUUUCCAAAAUGUCCCAAACCAGAAACAAACCCAGUAUUUGGCAUGUGCUCUGACCACUCGGCUAACAAAGCGCUCUCCAUACGUUGUUUUUAGUUGAUGAAAUCUAAAGAGAAUGUUUCUAUUUUCAUCAUUUUUUUCCGCAAGAUUGAAAUAAAACAAGUCACUGCCAUUUGUUAAGAUUCACGCUUGGAGAACUUGAACGGAUGUUACAGUCCAUGAGUGUUGCUGUACAAAUUUCACCAAGCGACAAGUAGCUUUACACACAGACUUGGGACCAAGUCUCUUUUUGAUGGGGCCACAGCGGGGGCCAGCAACAUACUGAUUGCAGGUUUAAUGGUGCAACAACCUUUAGCCAACACAAAACCUAGUUCAACGAUUAAUCUAGAAAUUCGUGCCUUAUGGUGCUUGUCUAUGACUGUUACUAGGCCCGCCGGGGCCCACUGGGCUCCUGCUACGCUGGCAGAUACCUUGACGGGACCAAUAUCCCCUUGCGAUUUCACACGUUUACAUAAUUCCAAACUUUUGUGCGUCUCCGUGAGGUAGUUUGAUCAUGUGACGCUUCCAGCUCAGUUCCUAUGCACGCAGAUAUAACAAUGAGUUGGGAAGGGGAGCAAAUGUACGGCCAGAUCAAAGAAUUCACGGGCUUGGCUGCAUGCAUUUUUUAUUUUAGUUUUUUACCAGGAUGAGCUGUAAUUUCAUUUCAUUCCUGUUAUUUCCAAUCAUCGGUCCGUUGACCUCAGCGCUGCCUCUUGAAGGCUGGUGAUUCUGUUUGCAGGGAUCUGUGAAGUUACUGUUAGGAUUUUGUUUUUGUAAAAUGACCAGCGGAUUUGGUAGCUAGAUGAGGGGCUGGCUGGAUCACCCUUUUAGAUUUUGUAAGUUUUAUAUACAGAAGCUGUUGAUAAAAAAAUAAAAAGAGGAAGUUUGACUGUAAAAUUCAAAUUUGCAACAUAUCACCUUUGUGUGAAUUAUGCCAUGCAAGACUGUUCAGAUAUUGAUUUACUACUGCUGGUCUAAACACAUUAAAUAUAAGUUGAUGUUAUGUUUAAAGGUUUGUCCUCACAGACCAUGCAAUGUGUUACCUACUCAGCACUCGAUGUGACCAAUCCCUGUCAGUCAAUUCAACCACUUUUUGUUUUUAUAAAGCCAAAAAUAUAAUAAAGGCAUUUUUUCUGUUUAAUUUCUGUGUCUUCGUAGAUUAAGUGGGAACCUAGUUUUGUAUAAGAGAUUUAUCUUUCUAUAUUUUUCAUUAUACUCAUUUGUUUCAUGGCUUUUCUUUUUUUACUAAUUUGCAUUUUGUAAGUCAAAGCUUCAAGCCAAAAUAAAUGCUUAACAUAAAA